AUCGCACCGUGUAGAAUGGAGCUGACGAAUUUUGUGAAAUUACAAAGCGUAUUUUGGAAUCAACACACUAAUAAGCACAGUACCUAAAUUCGGUCUGAAAGAGUGUUGGAUUUAUACAGAAGAUUGCUCCACUGACAUUUCUAUGCAUCGUUUUAACCUGAUGCCAUUACCAAAUAGACCUUGAAAAUAGAAGCUACAAACAAGGAUGGACGUCUUGCUUCAGGUUUUUCUUUGUUUAUCUGUUUGCUUUAUUUUUAUUUCUAAAAUUUAAUUUCGAUGAUUCAAUGUUCCGUGUUUGAAGUUUGUUUAGAAUGUUGAAAUUAUUCAACAACAACUUCAACUUCCAACGUCAGUUUAAGUUGUACUGAAAAGCUGACUGACUACCCGUGCUUCGCUUCGAUGUUUGAGGGGAUCACACGACGUAUAUUAGGAUGUAGUUUACUUUGUCUCCGUGAUUGGGGAAGAGUGAUGGCUGGAUCUGAACUUUUCUUAAAAGCCGCCUUAGAAUUUGGAUCACGCUGGGAUAUGCUGAUGCAGUAGCCAUCUUCUUCCCCGCAGAACAUAAAAGAGUACUAUAGAGCGUCGUCAGCAGGAUGAGUUUUGCUAUAAUCCGCAUCAACUUAGUAACUUUGUUUUGAAGCAUUGUCUUUGUUCUGGAGAAUCGCGUCACACUAUUUCAAAAGGCUGCCCAGCUGUUACCAAAGUCAUGUAGCUUGCUGCUAGUGCGCUACAUCGACCCCGAUGUGUUAUUUCGUGGUGAACCACGACAUUCAAUUCCUGUCAUUGUCAUUCCUAAACGUCUUUACACUCCUGUUUUAAACGUUGAAGUUAGGCCAUAGGCGGGAUUACUUAAGACGGUCUUGAACCUCACUUGAAAGCGUUCGCGAAGAAAGGCGGGAGGUGUGUCCGUCUUAGGUCACCGGAAAGCAGCAUUUUGAUCCCACAUAUAAGGCAUUCAAUUCUCUGGAGGUCUUGUAGGGUUUUGUACAAUUCUUCUAUCCCCCAGUUGUGAGCCACGGUGCACUCAUGCCAAACAAUCAUUGUGUAAUUCCCAAAGUACCUGAGCUGUAUUACAUUUUUUUUUUCAAAUCUUGCACAAAGUAGCCUCAGAGUGAUGUAAGUGAAGAGACGGUUUAAAGGCACAGUUAGCUUUUUCACCGUACAACAAAUUUUUUACUACACGCCAGUAAGCUACAAUAAUCCUGAUUUUUCUAUUUUAUGCUAUGAAGCAACAGAUCAGUCAAUUCGCACCGUUCAGGGGAUGUAAGUUAUCUUGACAUCUAAUGAGAUGCACCAAAAUUCACUUGAUAGAAACCCCACAGCCGACUCCCUAUUUUUUAUUUUAAUAAUCAUUUUUAACUUUCUACUCGCGAAGCCAUCUUGUUUUCAAAUCUUAAUGUUUGUUGUUGACACGCGUGAUUUUGUCGCUCAGUUGAUCAUAGUUCAUCGCACCUGUCUUGUUCAGUGACCGGCCGAAAACAGGUGCGUAUGGGACCGCGCGUGAUACGGUAAGCUGGGGAGAGGGAGAGAGGUGGGGCUGGUGAGAGAUGGUGAAAUUACACAUUAUUCUCUCACUAGGACAGACAACAACUGGAAUGUCGAUAAUAUACAGAUUAAAAUUGAAAUAAUAUUUUACUAAAAAGCGCCUAAAAAUAAAACUAAAAAAAAAAACAAACAGAUAUGGACACUUCAUGAAAAGACUAGGGGGACUAAUCCUGGAAUAGAAGUAUCGGCUACAUUUCUUGUAGGAGUUAAUCUUGACUCCUGUUUAAAAUGGGCCUUCCGUAAUGUUCUUUUGGUUGGAAGCACUUUGCUUCGCGCGUCUUCUGCCUUUUUCACUCCUUCAUAUACUGCUGUUUGCCAGCUGGAACGGUGCUCAGCUUUGAUCUCCAAUCCCUUGAUUUCUAUGUUGGCUUCCCUUAUGCUCCUUUGCAAACGUCCAUCAAUCCCAGCCGCAGCCGUCCAAUUAGUCUUGCCCCUUCUGUCAACUCUCCAUUCAGCACGUACUUUGGAAUACGACCUUCCUCCAUUCUCCUUGCAUGGCCUAAACAGCUAAGGCGCUUCUUGCUACACUUUUUGGCAAGUUCCAAGACCUCUGUGUUAGGCACCUUGUCCUUCCAACGAAUACGCAAAAUGUGACACGGGCAUCUUUGGAAAAAGCGGUUGAGAUUCACUCUCAUGACUGGCAUAUGUGGUCCAAACUUCACUGUCUUAUAGGGUAAUAUGAGUGUAGUAAGCACACAUGACUGGCAUAUGUGGUCCAAACUUCACUGUCUUAUAGGGUAAUAUGAGUGUAGUAAGCACACAUGACUGGCAUAUGUGGUCCAAACUUCACUGUCUUAUAGGGUAAUAUGAGUGUAGUAAGCACACAUGACUGGCAUAUGUGGUCCAAACUUCACUGUCUUAUAGGGUAAUAUGAGUGUAGUAAGCACACAUGACUGGGAUAUGUGGUCCAAACUUCACUGUCUUAUAGGGUAAUAUGAGUGUAGUAAGCACACAUGACUGGCAUAUGUGAUCCAAACUUCACUGUCUUAUAGGGUAAUAUGAGUGUAGUAAGCACACAUGACUGGCAUAUGUGGUCCAAACUUCACUGUCUUAUAGGGUAAUAUGAGUGUAGUAAGCACACAUGACUGGCAUAUGUGGUCCAAACUUCACUGUCUUAUAGGGUAAUAUGAGUGUAGUAAGCACACAUGACUGGCAUAUGUGGUCCAAACUUCACUGUCUUAUAGGGUAAUAUGAGUGUAGUAAGCACACAUGACUGGCAUAUGUGGUCCAAAAUUCACUGCUUUACAGGAAUGUACUAAGCACACAUGACUGUCAAACACUAGCUUAGUUUUUAACUUCAAAUUAGCUUAAGGUGAUUCCCCACCCACGUUUUCAAUGUUGCCAUAGUUACUGCUGUUUGUUGUGAUAGUGACGUUCACCAUUUCAUCAACGAUGAGUCAACAAGAGAUAUUAGAUCUAUGGUAUGUGAAAUUCCCAACUCUAACUGCAGAUGAUGGCCCCCCACAAGUUAUGUUUGGAGGGAGAUGUGCUUCUUGGCUCAUGACAUUUGUUUGCUGUAGACUAAUGGCUUGUUCAAACUCUUUACAUGGGUGAGAGAGGCGAUAAACUAACCUGCGAAGACCUUCUUAUGUGUGCGAUGUUAAGGCGAUAUCGUCAGCGAACAGCAGUUUGCGGAUUAGUACUUUCUUUUUUUACCCUUGUCUUGGCACGAAGGCGGGCGAUAUUAAACAGCCAACAAUCAGAUGGGCCAUAUGACUGGUUUUUUUUCGUGUAUUUCUUGUUUUAAUGAUUAAGGCAUUUGCCGAAACGUUUGUAUUUGCUGUCGGAAGUGUGCACUGUCCUAAGAAAUAGUUAACUUCAUGCCUAAUAAUAGGAUAUCACGGACAUGUUGGUUUUCAUGUCUAUUGUUUGGUUGUUUUUUGUUUUUUUGUUUUUGUUUUUUUUGUUUUGUUGUUGUUGUUUUUGUUGGUGGGGAGGGGGGGAGUAGGGUUAUUUGAUUAAUGAACUAAACAUUACCAGUUUAAAAUAAGCCUUCCUAAAUUUUUCAAAAUUCUGUCUGACGUAGAUUCAUGAUGCAUUCAGUCUGUUUCACACCCCCUUGUUCUCCGCAGGUAAUGCUGCUGAUGUUCUCUGUAUCUACGAGAGGUCAAAAUAAAUCGUGCCGAAGAUCUUUGAUCCCGAGGCCAGAUGUUAGCGAUCUGAAGAGUACAUUCAUGUCGUACUGGGGCACCUACCAUCCUCCUCCAUUUAAUGUUCCAGAGUUGGAGGCGAUAAGUGCACAAUUUAAGAACUUGACUUGCGGCACCAUGGACUAUGACCCGGCAAAAGCGAUUAUCAAUGGAACAAUCGUUCCAGAGAAAGGGUGGCCGUGGCAUGUCACCAUUUUUGGCGUCUAUAAAUACGGCCGGGGAACUCCAUUCUGCGGGGCAAUAUUGAUCAGCCGUUUCUUGGCUAUAACAGCGGCCCAUUGCAAGGACAGUUUUGCAUACGCGAAGCUGGGCGUAAGCGAACAAUGCAGUUUUGCACCGUGCCAACAGUUCCGUCGUCUCGGGGGUCGUUAUAAAAGCCAUACAAAUUAUAGCCAAACGGUCAACUCAGCGAGAGACGACAUAGCUCUCCUAGACUUGAGCGAGAAGGCUAACUUCAACCAAUACGUUAGGCCCGUCUGCUUGCCUUGGACCGAUGUAACCCACAUGGACAACUGCUACAUUGUCGGUUUCGGUUACGAUACUUUAGUGGACGCCGACAAUCGGUCGAGAAAGUUGUUACAGGCCAAAGUGCGCUGGGUGCAGCAGGACGUGUGUCGCACCUAUGGGCGAAUCAACAAGAUGAGCUUGGACACGCGUGUCGAGUGCUUCCAGUGUGUUGACCCGGGUGUCUUCCCCUGUGCAGGGGACGCUGGCAGUGGGGUCUACUGCAAAGAUAAAGGUUACUGGACGCUCGUGGGUAUCGUCAGCGAACGAGUGAACAAGUGCGACGAGAGUCCUACUUUCCACGUUGAUGUCUUCAUGUACAUGAAAUGGAUCCUGGACAACGCCAUUGAUUUGCUGCAAGGCAGAGCUCCUUGAGUUAUGGCCCCUGGCGUAACGUGAUUCAUUCUAUCGCGUGUCAAAUGUACAUUUUAGACAAUUAUGUUAGAUAAACUUGAAAUAGUAGAACAAGCUGUGUGAACAAAAUAGUAGAACAAGCUGUAUGAAUAAAAUAGUAGAACAAGCAAUGUGAAUAAAAAAGUAGAACAAGCUAUGUGGAAGCUUGAAUCAAAAUACA